UACAGGACAGAUUGAAGAAGGAAGCAAGACUUGAACUGGGCUUUUCUCCUACCGAUCACAGGGAGUAAAGUCAUCUCUUAUAUUCCAGUCGCCAAGGAGAGAGAGAGAGAGAGAGAGAGAAAAUCAAGCAACAACCAACCCACCCCGUAUCUGACAUUUCCCUCAAUUUUAACCCCUUUUGGUUAGGAGCUGGUUUUGCCCAAAUUUGUUUUAAUGUUUGGGAUUCAGGAAAAUAUACCGAGAGGUGGGACGACCAUGAAAGAAGAACCGCUGGGCAGUGGGAUGAACCCCGUCCGCUCAUGGAUGCAUACCGCUGGGGUAGUGGAUGCUAACACGGCCGCCCAAAGCGGCGUGGGGCUGGCUCGGGCGCAUUUCGAGAAACAGCCGCCUUCCAAUCUCAGAAAAUCCAAUUUUUUCCACUUCGUCUUAGCUCUGUACGACAGGCAGGGACAGCCGGUGGAGAUUGAGAGAACAGCUUUUGUGGACUUUGUGGAGAAAGAGAAAGAGCCAAACAAUGAAAAAACUAACAAUGGGAUUCAUUAUAAACUUCAGUUAUUGUAUAGCAACGGCGUCAGGACGGAGCAGGACCUGUACGUUCGGCUAAUAGACUCCAUGACCAAACAGGCCAUCGUGUACGAAGGGCAGGACAAGAACCCCGAGAUGUGCCGGGUGCUCCUGACACACGAGAUCAUGUGCAGCCGGUGCUGUGACAAGAAAAGUUGCGGCAACAGGAACGAAACCCCCUCAGACCCCGUUAUCAUUGACAGAUUCUUUCUAAAGUUUUUCCUCAAGUGCAAUCAGAACUGUUUGAAGAAUGCAGGCAACCCACGAGACAUGCGAAGAUUCCAGGUUGUUGUAUCAACAACAGUCAAUGUGGAUGGCCACGUGCUGGCUGUCUCAGACAACAUGUUUGUACACAACAAUUCCAAACACGGGAGGCGGGCUCGCCGCCUUGACCCCUCAGAAGGUACGGCCCCUUCUUAUCUGGAAAAUGCUACUCCGUGCAUAAAGGCCAUCAGUCCUAGUGAAGGCUGGACUACUGGUGGGGCCACUGUCAUCAUAAUCGGAGACAACUUCUUUGAUGGCUUACAAGUCGUGUUUGGAACUAUGUUGGUCUGGAGUGAGCUGAUAACACCCCACGCCAUCAGAGUUCAAACACCACCACGGCACAUUCCAGGAGUUGUUGAAGUAACUCUGUCCUACAAAUCCAAACAGUUCUGCAAAGGUGCUCCCGGCCGAUUCGUCUACACUGCGCUUAACGAACCCACCAUAGAUUACGGCUUCCAGAGGUUGCAGAAAGUUAUUCCACGACACCCAGGUGAUCCCGAAAGGUUACCAAAGGAAGUAUUACUUAAGAGAGCAGCAGACCUUGUUGAAGCCCUAUAUGGGAUGCCCCAUAACAACCAGGAAAUAAUCCUGAAACGAGCAGCUGACAUUGCUGAGGCGUUGUACAGCGUGCCCCGCAACCACAACCAGAUCCCCACUCUAGCCAACACUCCCGCCCACACCGGCAUGAUGGGCGUGAACUCCUUCAGCAGCCAGCUCGCCGUCAAUGUCUCCGAAACAUCGCAAGCCAACGACCAAGUAGGUUACAGUCGCAACACAAGCAGUGUUUCCCCGCGAGGAUAUGUUCCCAGCAGUACUCCUCAGCAGUCCAAUUACAACACAGUCAGCAAUAGCAUGAAUGGAUAUGGCAAUGCCGGCAUGCCCAAUCUAGGUGUACCAGGUUCCCCUGGAUUUCUUAAUGGCUCCUCAGCUAACUCUCCUUAUGGCAUAGUGCCGUCAAGCCCUACCAUGGCAGCCUCUUCGGUCACCCUCCCUUCAAACUGUAGCAGUACACACGGCAUUUUCUCAUUCUCACCUGCCAAUGUCAUCUCUGCAGUGAAACAAAAGAGCGCCUUCGCUCCUGUUGUCAGGCCCCAAGCCUCUCCUCCACCAUCUUGCACCAGUGCAAAUGGAAAUGGACUUCAAGCCAUGUCCGGGCUUGUAGUCCCGCCAAUGUAAAGUCACUUUUGUUUACCUACCAUAGCACCGAGCUGCAGAGGAUGGGCUUAGGGGACAAGUUUAGUAUAUUAAGACAUGCUGAUGGAAGCAGUAUCUUCACGCAGAAUCAGCAGCAAAACCGAAAAUGCUACAGGAAAAAAAAAAAAAAAAAAAACACACAAAAAAACCCCACAAAAAAAGAAAAAAAAAAAAAAAA